AUGGCGUGCAUAAAUUACCAAUGGUUAACCGGGGGAAGUGCAUCAACAACAUUUAAGAAGAUCUUCUAUAAGAUUUACUUAAAGGAAACAGCUGAAAAUGUUGUGCCGACUAAUGAAAAUAGUGAUCAGAUACCAAAUGUCGCGGCAAUGAGCGCGACGGCAAAUAAUAGUGGCACCGAAAAUGUCGACCAUAUCGAGAACAGCCGGGAGUGUUACAGCAAUUCAGUUUAUGAUGAUGACAAUAGUGGCUUACCUCAUAAAGCUAUCAUGCUCACGGGAAACUGCGAGAUUUCAGUGAACAGCGGAAACGCUAAGGUCUUACCAGCGUUUGAAGAAGUACUCGAUUCCAUUGGCUCGAGAGGAAAAUUUCAGGCGAAGCUCAACGUCGUCUUCAAUUUCGUCGGCCCGUGUAUCAACUUAAUAAGUGUGUAUGUUUUCUAUCUCGCAAUGCAGACCCCUGAUCACUGGUGCCAUGUUCCUGGCAGAGAAAAUACCAACAUGUCGCUGACGGAGUGGAAGAAUUUCACAAUCCCUAGGGAAGAAGAUUCUUUCAGCAAGUGCCAGAUGUACAACCAGAGUGAUGACAUUCACUCGAGCAGUAAAAACCCUGUCCAGUGUCAGCACGGCUGGGACUAUGACGAUACGUGGUUCUCGCUGACGGUCCCUUCGCAGAUGAACUGGGUUUGUGACAACAGGCACAUAAUAAAUGACGUCUUGUUCUACGCACAGAAUAUCGGAGUGGCUCUGGGACUGCUCUUUGGGUACAUAGGCGACAUGUACGGCCGACGGCCGCAGCAGUUUCUGUGUGUGGCGGCCCACGUUAUCAGCAGGCUGUUGCUGGUCCUCACUCCAGACGUACUUCCGCUGUUCAUCCUGGCGCAGUCCCUUAUAUCAGGGGCCGCAGGUCCUAUGAUUGAAUCAGCUUUGUCUGUUGGUUUGGAACUGACGGACAUCAGACAUCGGACGACGCUGAACUAUUUCUCGAGCAGUAGCCUCGGGCUUGGCAUCAUGGCUUCCGCCUUUUUAGCCUGGCCCCUGCGCAACUGGAAUUACUUUGUGUCUUGUUCUGCAGCAUUCUGCUUAGCGCUGUUUUUAUUUUUCAGGUGGUUCCCGGAGUCACCGCGGUGGCUGGCGUGCAGAGGUCGUGAGGAGGACGCCCUGAGGCUGUUGAGGCGCAUAGCCACCACCAACGGUGGACAACUGCCGCCUUACGCUCGGCAGGUGAUGCGGAACGUGGGUACGGCCCAGAGGGACAGGAAGGGCUUCCUCAGCCUCUUCUCUAGCUGGAACGUCUUCAAGAAUUCUGUGCUCCUGAUUAUGGCAAGAUCUACGCACCUGCUUACGCUGCAGUCUAUAGUGAUGAUGUCUGGUGGUGUGGGCGUGAACCCGUUCCUGUCAGUGGCAGCUCAGGGCGCCAUCCAGCUGCCCGCCUACUGCGUCGUCCACUACACUGCUGCGCGCUUCGGCCGCCGCUGGUCCGCCGUGGGCAGCGCCCUUCUGUCUGGGAUCGCAGCAGCGGCCGUCUCCUUCAUGCUGACUGCUAACGUCAGCGGACUGGCCAUCACGGUGAUGAUGGUGAUAACGCAGUUCUUCACGACGGGCACCAACGGCAUGGCCAACCUGCAGAGCGUGGAGCUGCACCCCACGUGCCUGCGACAGAUCGCCGCCUGCGUCGAGUGGACCGCUGCUGGCGUCGUCAUGUCUGCCCUGCCAUAUGUGGCCCUCAUGAGCGACAGAAGGAUGCCCUGUGCCAUUCUCGCUGCUCUUAACUUGGGUACGGCGUUUGCCGUAUCGUUUCUUCCGGAAUCUGCUUUACAGAGGUUGCCAGAGACAUUACAGGAUGCAGCCGUCUUUGGUAAAGGCCAGAAGUACUGGAGCUGGAAGCCCAAACCACCUCGGGAUUAUGUCUUGGAGAAAACUAACGUCGAGAGUUCAAUUUAA